AUGCAUAUUUAUUUUUUCAUUGUGUUAUUCUAAAUAAUUACCUCAUAAUGGUUACCAUAUGAGAAUUAUUUGAUAUCAAACAUAAUCUAUCAAGAAGCCACGAGCAAUGAUGCUUACAAAUACUCAGAGAACUUUAUUAAGCCUUUGACAACGUUCACAACUGCAUAUUUUAUCAAUUGUUCAAGUCCACCUACUAGUUAUAUAACUUUAGAUUACUAACACUCAGAAGUUGAAUAUAAUAAUUCCGUUUCCUAUUCAAUGAAAUAAGUUUUAUCGUUUGAUUUAUAUUUCUUUGGUACCUGGAAUAAUGAAUUUGUGAGUGUAAACAUCGGAAACUUUAAUGAACUUAAUUAUUAUACAUCCCCAAGCACUUACUAUUUGGAUUCAGGGUUUUGUAAUAAUACACAGUAUGAAGUUCAAACAUUUAAUUAUUAAUUCAGCUAAUCUUACUCAGGAAAAUUGUCUUUUUAAGCAUAAAAUAAUUUUGGUGGAAUGGUUUCAAUUAAAAAUAUAUUUAUAACUUAACUUAAAUGUUAUCCUUCCUGCACGACAUGCGAUAGUCCACAAUAUAAUUAAUGUUAAAGUUGUUAUUUUGGGGAAGUAUCAGCAAAUAUUUGCCCAGGAUGCUAAAUUAAUAAAUAUUAUGUGAAAUAUUUGGGAUGCAGAGAAAUAUGUGAUUUUGACUCAAAGCUUUUUAAGAAUGGUUUCUGUUAAGAAUAUCCAGGUAUCCUAUUAAUCCUAUUAAGUGACUUAUUUCCAAAAAACCAAAUUUGAAAAUAACCCAUUGUGCGUUGAAAAUCUAAAGUGGUCAAUAAAUUAUGAUAAAAACCAUAUUGAUUCAUCUAUCACUCUUGGCCUUCAUGCUUAAAUUUUAUCUUAUGGAAUAUUCAAAUAUAGUUCGGGGAUUUAAAGGUUUGUUAAUGAAAUAACACCAAAUUAAGGAACUUAAUUGAUUGGCUUUCAAAUAGUGCUGUUGAAAUUUGGAAAUCUUCCUCUUAAUGAAGGCAUAAAUGUAAAACUUAACAAUACUAAUUACGGAUCCAUAUUUAAAUUGGCAUCAGGUAUAUAAACACAUAAUAUUUAAAUAUUUGAUUUUAUUCCUCUAGGAUCGUAUCUUUCAUAUUCAAAUUGCUAGCAAUAUGAAUUGCACAUGUUUUUAGAUAUACCUUAAUACCCAUUUUUAUUUUCAUUGUCCAGUAAUUUCACGUAUAUUAUCAAUAAUAUUUUUAGAGAUAGCAGUACUGGAUGGGGAUUUGUUUCUAUGGCAGUCACAUCUGGAUAUUGCCCAAAAAAUUGCAAUGAAUGCGAGGUAUCAUUUAAGUGUAAAACUUGCUCAAAUUCAUUUUUAAAAUAUCGUGAUGGUAGAUGCAUUCAAAAUUGUGGAAAAACUUACCAAAAAUCAAAUGGGACCUAUUGUUAAGAUUUCGACGAUGAAACAGAAUGUAAAUAUUUGUAUUUGUAAAUAGAUUCAAAAUAUUUGAUUUAAGAAUAUAUUGACUUCGCAAAUGAUCCAGCUUAAGAAUACUAAUAUAUUUUACUUUCGUAAUCAGCAUUCCCUAAUAUCAACUUUUUAAAAGGAGCCAAUAUUUUAUAUUCAUAUUGGAAAAACUACCGAGUAUUUGGCGGUCCUUAUGUUUGGGCAUGUGCUAAAUUUUAAAGAGUGCAUUAAAUCUAAGACCCACAUCACAGUAUUACUAUAGGAUUCGAAAUCUUGUUUGGUCCAAACUUCCCUUCUACUGGAUCAUUUAUUUACACUAUCUAAUCAAAUCCUAGCGUAACUAUUACAGCUAAUAGCGUGCCAACUCCAAAUGAUGAUGGUACAAAAAUUUACAGAGUGUAUGAAAAAAUUAACCAUAUUACAAACUAGUUAAAUAUGUAUUGGGAAUGUUAUGGUGAUGAUAAUGAACCUGUUAGGUCAUAUUGUGCAUUUUUAAAUUAUUAUAUCGCUGUUCAUAACUGUUAACCAUUUUGCUUAGAAUGUACAAAUUAAAAUACCUGCACAUUAUGGAAUAGUACUUAUGAUUCAAAUAUCAUAAAAUUCUCAUAGUCUGAAUGUUAACCUAAUUAAUACUACAACAGAAUUUAAUUAAAAUGUUUAGAUUGCCAGUCUUCUUGCACAACUUGUAUUUCUUCUAUCGAUUGUCAAAGUUGUUCAGCUACUUACACACUUACUAAACUUGGAUGUGUAUGCAAAUAAAAUUAAUAUGAGGAUUCAAAUUAAUGUCAUGAUUGCCCUGCUUUAUGUAAAUAAUGUUUAAGUCCAACUUAAUGCAUAGAAUGCUUUCUUAGUGAUUUUAGGGAUUCAGUUAAUGGAGAAUGUGUUUGUAUUUAAGGAUAUUACCCAGUUGCAAGCAGUUCAAUUUGUGCCUAAUGCAAUUUUUACUGUAAAGAAUGCAAUGGUCCAUCUUUUAAUGAUUGUCUUAUUUGCAGUGACAUAGCUGGUAUUGAAUAGGUUGGCACUACUUGUAAAUGUCCACAUAUAACAUUUUAUGAUUACUUUUUGAAUUCUUGUGUUAAUUGUCAUAUAUCUUGUUAGACCUGUUUUACUGCAAGUCUUAAUGGAUGUCUAACUUGUGAUNUAAACACAUAAUAUUUAAAUAUUUGAUUUUAUUCCUCUAGGAUCGUAUCUUUCAUAUUCAAAUUGCUAGCAAUAUGAAUUGCACAUGUUUUUAGAUAUACCUUAAUACCCAUUUUUAUUUUCAUUGUCCAGUAAUUUCACGUAUAUUAUCAAUAAUAUUUUUAGAGAUAGCAGUACUGGAUGGGGAUUUGUUUCUAUGGCAGUCACAUCUGGAUAUUGCCCAAAAAAUUGCAAUGAAUGCGAGGUAUCAUUUAAGUGUAAAACUUGCUCAAAUUCAUUUUUAAAAUAUCGUGAUGGUAGAUGCAUUCAAAAUUGUGGAAAAACUUACCAAAAAUCAAAUGGGACCUAUUGUUAAGAUUUCGACGAUGAAACAGAAUGUAAAUAUUUGUAUUUGUAAAUAGAUUCAAAAUAUUUGAUUUAAGAAUAUAUUGACUUCGCAAAUGAUCCAGCUUAAGAAUACUAAUAUAUUUUACUUUCGUAAUCAGCAUUCCCUAAUAUCAACUUUUUAAAAGGAGCCAAUAUUUUAUAUUCAUAUUGGAAAAACUACCGAGUAUUUGGCGGUCCUUAUGUUUGGGCAUGUGCUAAAUUUUAAAGAGUGCAUUAAAUCUAAGACCCACAUCACAGUAUUACUAUAGGAUUCGAAAUCUUGUUUGGUCCAAACUUCCCUUCUACUGGAUCAUUUAUUUACACUAUCUAAUCAAAUCCUAGCGUAACUAUUACAGCUAAUAGCGUGCCAACUCCAAAUGAUGAUGGUACAAAAAUUUACAGAGUGUAUGAAAAAAUUAACCAUAUUACAAACUAGUUAAAUAUGUAUUGGGAAUGUUAUGGUGAUGAUAAUGAACCUGUUAGGUCAUAUUGUGCAUUUUUAAAUUAUUAUAUCGCUGUUCAUAACUGUUAACCAUUUUGCUUAGAAUGUACAAAUUAAAAUACCUGCACAUUAUGGAAUAGUACUUAUGAUUCAAAUAUCAUAAAAUUCUCAUAGUCUGAAUGUUAACCUAAUUAAUACUACAACAGAAUUUAAUUAAAAUGUUUAGAUUGCCAGUCUUCUUGCACAACUUGUAUUUCUUCUAUCGAUUGUCAAAGUUGUUCAGCUACUUACACACUUACUAAACUUGGAUGUGUAUGCAAAUAAAAUUAAUAUGAGGAUUCAAAUUAAUGUCAUGAUUGCCCUGCUUUAUGUAAAUAAUGUUUAAGUCCAACUUAAUGCAUAGAAUGCUUUCUUAGUGAUUUUAGGGAUUCAGUUAAUGGAGAAUGUGUUUGUAUUUAAGGAUAUUACCCAGUUGCAAGCAGUUCAAUUUGUGCCUAAUGCAAUUUUUACUGUAAAGAAUGCAAUGGUCCAUCUUUUAAUGAUUGUCUUAUUUGCAGUGACAUAGCUGGUAUUGAAUAGGUUGGCACUACUUGUAAAUGUCCACAUAUAACAUUUUAUGAUUACUUUUUGAAUUCUUGUGUUAAUUGUCAUAUAUCUUGUUAGACCUGUUUUACUGCAAGUCUUAAUGGAUGUCUAACUUGUGAUGCCACAAAAAAUAGAGUUUUGAAAGGAUUAAAAUGCGAAUGUUCACCUGGCUACUAUGAAGAUGCUGAUAAUUGUUAGAGUAUGCGCACAUCAGUAUUAUUUAGGUUGUCCUUCUGUUGAAGAUCCUUAUUUGCCAUAAUGUUAUAUUUUAUGCCAAAACAAUCAAUUAACGUGGUUUUUAGUAGAAUGUUCCACUUGUGAUAUAGACUUUUAAUUGGUGAAUGGAGAAUGCUAGCCAUUUUGUGGUGAUUCAGUAGUUGUAGGAAAUGAAGAAUGUGAUGAUAAUAAUACAAUUUUAAAUGAUAAAUGCUUUAAUUGUAGGUUUUAAUGUCCAGCUCAUUGUUUGACAUGUGAUGAAGAUACUGUACUUCCAUGUCCAGAUGUAUGUGGAGAUAAAUUGAUUACAGGCAAUGAAGAAUGUGAAGAUGGCAAUAAUAUUUAAUUUGAUGGAUGUUAUGAUUGUAAAUAUUAAUGCUAAGAAUCUUGCACAAAAUGCAUAAAGGGUGUUUGCUAAGAGUGUAGUGGAGGGUGGUACAUAGAUCCAAUUACAUGGAGAUGUAAGGAGAGAUGUGGAGAUUUAAUGAUUGUAGGAGAGGAAUAAUGUGAAGAUGGUAAUCAAUCAGAUACUGAUGGAUGCAAAGAAUGUAGAUAUUUUUGUAGGAUUGGGUGCUCAUAAUGCAAUUAUGACACAGACUUUUGUCUUGCUUGUGAAUUUCAAGGAUUCAUUCCAAAUUAAUAUUAUUGUUAAAAUAAUUGUGGAGAUGGCUUAGUAGUAGUCGACCCUUACGGAUUUUUCGCAGAAGCAUGUGAUGAUAUAGGUUGCAAUUCAGAUUGCAAAUCCUGUUAAUCAGGAUACCUACUCAGAAAUCGUAUUUGUGAACCUAUUUGUUAUGAUUCCUUAUUGGUGAUUAAAGAAGAGUGCGAGUCCAGUUUUAUCUUACCGUAUAAAGGUUGUUAGAAUUGCAAAAUAAAGUGUUAACCUUCUUGUUUAGAAUGUGAUACAACAGGGAUGGGAUGUUUGUAAUGUGAUGUUGGCUAUUAACUCGUCGAUUAAACUUGUUAUUCAAUUUGUGGAGAUCAGAUCGUAACUAUUGAUGAGGAGUGUGAUGAUGGGAAUUUAAUUACUGGAGACGGAUGCCAUUUUUGCUUAUAUAGUUGUUAGGAUUCCUGCUUGAAUUGCAUCAGGGGAAAGUGUUUGAAUUGUUUAGAAAAUUACUCAUUAGUUAUAUCCACUUGUUAAUUAAUAUGCAAUAAUAGCAUUGCUUAUCAGUGUCUAGAAAGUUUAGAAAAUUGUAUGGUCUAUCAAAAUGGAAUUUGUUCAAUGUGUUAAACUAAUUUUGAGCUUGAUAUAAUAACCAAUCAAUGCAUCACCGCUUAGCCAACUAAAUCCGAGAUCUGGUCAGAUUGUAUAUAGCUGAUAGAUAAUUAGUGCCUAGUCUAAAAUCAAUCAUUUAUUGACUUUAUUACAAAUCCAGAUUUUUAAAUUGAUGCUUGUCCCUUAAAUUGUAAGAUUUGUACAUUUAACAAUUGUUUGGAAUGCAAACGAGGUUAUGAGGGAAAAAUGUGUCGACCAAUUUGUGGAGAUAAUAUCAAAGUAUCAGAAGAAGAAUGCGAAAAUGGAAAAGGCUAGCUUCCUACUAAUUGUUAUAAUUGUAUACUAUUUUGUCCAGAAUUCUGUUAAUUUUGUGUUUUUGGAGUCUGCUAAAUAUGUUAAGUUGGAUAUUAUUUAGAUAUUGUAAGCAAUAUUUGUUUUUCUAAUUGUGGCGAUAAUCUAUUAGCUUCCGAUGAGGUUUGCGAUGAUGGAAAUGACAUGGAAUUUGAUGGGUGCUUCUAAUGCUAAUUUUAAUGUCAAGCUGAAUGUAUAGAUUGUUAAUUUGGAAUAUGUGCGCAAUGUUUGGAGCCAUUUGUCUUCGUCUAAUCUAAAAGUAAUUGCGAGCUUUUAAAGUCUUGUGAAGCAUAAGAUGGCUUCUAUUAUGAAAGUAGUACGAAUAGUUGUGUUAACUUAUGUGGGGAUGGCAUCGUGGCAGGCAACGAAGACUGUGAUGACACAAAUGAAAUUCCAUACGAUGGUUGCUAUAAGUGUGAAUUUCAAUGCAAUAAGCAGUGCGAAUUUUGUGAUAAAGGAAUUUGCCUUAUUGAAACUUGUCCCUUAGGAGCUAUAUGGAUGGAUAAUUCAUGUUGUGGGGAUGCUAUCUUAAAUGGAAAUGAAGAGUGUGAUGAUGGAAAUAGUAUAGAUUAUGAUGGAUGUUCAAACUGCCGAUUUCAGUGUCAUUAAUUUUGCAAUAUCUGCUUGAACGGCGUUUGUUAAGAAUGCCUAGAUGAAUAUACAUUAGAUUAGAAUAAAUGCGUUUAACAAGAAAGUACCCUAACAGGCGGUUAAGAUUCCGAUCAUCUUAAUUAGAAUUAGGAAGAGGUUUGUCGUAACGAUGAAUGCACAUUUUCUUAUAGACCAAAAAUGAUACUGCGUUUUUUAAAUUAAACUUUCUCUCAUUAAUAUGUUGAGAUUAAUUUUAAUUAGCAAGUCAGAUAUGCAGACUCGGCUGAUUAAGAACAAUCUUAGAUAUUCAAGAUAUAAAUCUCAGAUUUAUACGAAUAAUAUUAUAUUUUAUAGCUUUAUUCUAUCACAAGCAUCACUUAAGAUUUAUAAGAUGUAAAAUAUGUUCUAGACAUAGAAAUUUUAUAAGAAUUAGUGGAAAAACCCCUUUUAUAAAUUACAUUAAAAUAAGGCAUAGUUAAUUGCAACAAUCAAACUAUUAUAUAACCAUAGCAAUCUAUUUUCCUCAAACUGCCUAGAAUUUUGAAUGAACAAUAAAAAUCUCGAGCGAUUGCUAUAAGUCAAACAAACAAAGCCUUUAUGAUCUCUGCACUCUCUAUUUCUACUGUAUCAUUGAUUUUUGGUGAAACCUCCUUAUUUAUUGAAACUUUGAGCACACUUUAAUAUCAGUCCUAUCUGAAAUUUAUUAAUCUUGAGUAUCCAGAAAAUUUAUACAUUUAUUUUUAAACUUCUGAGAUGUUAACUCUAUCCAACUACUUAUAGAAAUUAUAGAUUGAUUAUGUAUUAGGUUUUAUUACACAAAAAUAAGAAGAUUAAAUAUAAACUGAUGGAAAGUUUGCUUUAUACAAUGUAGAUUGCGAUCUUCUUACAAAUUUAGUUCCUUAAAUAUUUUAGCUUAUUCUGAUAUUAAUUAUAAUAAUUAAUAUCAAAAAGAUAUAUUUUAUUUACUAAAACUUUUUUUCAACAAUGUUUUCUAGUUAUAAUUUGUUAAAUCUAUAGAGCUUUAAUUAGAAAAUAUUGUUAAUUGUCUUAAAUGUUGGAUAAUCAAUUAAGAAUAUAUGUAAAUUUAGAUUUUAAUGCAGCUUGAGCUUAAUAAUGCCUAUUUUCUGUUUAAAUGCAUGGGAUAUUUUUUUUAAACUUUUAUUACAAAUCCAUUAUAAUAAAACAUCUAAAGGAAGAGAAUAAUUUUAAUAUAUUAGCAGUCUUUUUAUUUUAAUAAUAUAUUUAAUAAUUGUUUUGUAAGCUUACAGUAAAAGUAUUUUAUAAAAGUAACUUACUUUUUAGAAAUGCCUAGAAUUGAGAUAUGCAACAUUCGAUAUUUUUAAAAUAUUUUCCUUUCAUGUUGUGAUAGUUUUUUUUUAAAAUCAUGCAAUAAUUCAGUCAUUGUUAAUAGCAAUAAACAGCAUACUUCAAUGCUUUGUUAUUUAAAAAUAUUAAAAAGUUAAUAAAUUAGAUAAAUUUGUUAACAUAUUUAAUGAAGCAACUGUAGCUCUCUUUAGUUUAACUACAUAUGUUUAUUAUAAAGAGUGUUUGUUCUCUUACUAGACGAAAAUUCAGGUUGGGUUUUUUCAUAUGGGCGUCCUAAUGUUAAGUCUAGCUUUUGUCCUGGGUAAGCAAAUUUUCAAAAAAGUAUCAAUUGUAUACAAAAAAUUUGUUGAAUAAAGAAAAAACAAUUACUAAAAACCACAGGAUAUAUUUUAUUGA